AACCGCGUUCCAUUUGCAACAGGGAGCAGCCUGCCCUCUAUCCUGUACCAGCAGUACCAAUUCGUGGUUGAUGGUCCCGAGCUGAUCAAGAAGGGAUAUUCCCGGUUCUCCGAUAGUUUAUUUGAGAUUCCACGCACCUUCCGCUUCGGACAGAUCAUUCUCUGCAAGCCAGAGCUGAUCGAGGAGCUAAAGAACACCGGGAGUGUGAUUGCCUCUCCCGAGCCAUGGAUUGACCAGUUACUGCAGAUAUCCCAUGUGAUGCCAGGGUAUUUCCCCAAAGGAGGAGGCUGGCCUGCCAUUGCUAAAACAACACCGGGCCUUAUUCGCGGGACAGUGUACAAGCAACUGGAUCAGUAUGAGCCUUCAAUGAACGAUGCUAUUCUUUCUCAGCUGCGCACCCUUGAGUUCACGGACGGCGAAUGCAUCGUCAACUGCUUCGACUUUGCAUACUCGGUGGUUGCCCGUAGUGGAAGCUUCGCCAUGGUUGGCUCGCGACUCUCGCAAGACGAAGAAUAUCUCAAGGCUGUCAAAGAUCAUAUCCUGGGGAUGAUCGUGACUACCCGCGUUCAGUUCCUGAUCCCAGAUUGUCUCAAGAGAUACAUUGGCGGCUUUGUCAGUCAAUUGAUUUCUCUGGGCACUCGAUGGAACAUGCAUGCCUCACGCAAAAUCCUGCUUAAGCAUUUCGACGCACGGGCAGCAGAAUACCGCAAUGAAAUGAACAGUGGCGACAAUAUGAUCAAGGCCAAUCCCGAACAGGUGGACAAGCCGGUUGAGAUCUUCCGCUGGCUCUACAAAAGCUCGAUCCUCCGCCAACGAUGGACCUAUUCCGAAGUAAUUGGAGAAAUGCUGCUCCUCCAAUUCGCAUUCGUCUACACAACCGCUUACGUACAUACUCAAGCCCACGGAACAGGAAAAGCACAGCUCACAUAUAAGCAGGGACUCUACAGCGCGCUGGCCGAGCUAGCGCAGCGUCCACAGUAUAUCCAGCCUCUCCGCGAAGAAGUUGAAAGCGUCCUCGCCGAAUGGGGAACCACCGUGGCCGGCUGUGAUCAAAUGAUCCUGCUAGACUCUUUCCUAAAAGAGUGUCAGCGUCUGCGCCCCCCUGCAGCCGUCUCCGCUCACCGAGUCUGCAUUUCUGAGCUGAAGCUUUCCAACGGCAUUGUGCUUAAACCGGGAACCCACGUCGGGGUCCCAACCGGGUGGAUCCAGCGCUCUAGUUCCAGCUAUGAACACCCUGAGGCUUUCGAUGGCUUCCGAUUCGCAAAGCGCGCUGGGGUGGGCGCUUCAAACACGCGGCUUGUUGAUCUGAGCCCCGAUUAUCUCGUCUUCGGUAUGGGCGUGCAUGCCUGUCCGGGUCGAUGGAUGGCGAGUGCGCUCAUGAAACUUGUCUUUGCUCAUAUAUUGCUGCAUUUUGAUGUCCUGCCUGGUUCGGUGGGGCCUUUAACGGGGUCGCUCUCUUUCGAGGAGUUUUAUGUACCUAAUUUCGGGUUGAAGAUUCGCCUGCGACAGAAGUAA